CUCACGUUCAAAGUCUGUUGUCAGUGUUGCUGCUGUUGUAUCUUGGAAGCUUCGAUCAAAUUGCAUGAAGUAAUAAAUUCGAUUAAAUUGCAGCUUGCAAAUGCCAUGGAUGUAUUGUCUCCAAGAGAAUCUGCUAAGUUUAUAGCUGCAAGGAGCAAACAUGUUGAGGUUGUUUAUGAUGAAAUCCAGUCAGCAUCAGAAGUAAUAUUGAAGAGAAUGACCGAGGCAAAAUAUUCAAUGAAAACAUGGAAAAGCCAUAAGAUGCACCCAAAGGCAAUGGACGAUGAUGCACUUCAAUGGAUAUUUGUUGUUGAUUGUUUGAAUUUCUCCUUUUGGGUUUACAAAGACAAAGAGCCAUAUGCUGUUGAAUAUAAUGGAGAAGUUUACAAUGACUAUGAAGCUCUUUGUGCUGUUGUGAAUAGAGCUUUAGAGGAAGAUGUGCCAAUUACCACACCAGAGUAUUACAAAAGCCUUACUGUAGAAGAUGCAAGAAGAAUGUUUCGUUCAGCGAAUGAAACAGAGCUUCCACUUAUUGAAAGGCGAGUUGCACAUCUAAGGGAGGCUGGGGAAAUUCUAAGCAAACAUUUUGACAAUUCAGUAGGAAAUCUAAUUUCGACUUGCAAUAAGUCUGCUGUCACACUUGUUAGGAAAAUAGUUUCCAUGUUUUCAUCCUUUAGGGAUGAGGCUUUCUAUAAUGGAAAGCAUGUCUCUUUUUAUAAAAGGGCACAGAUAUUUGUGGCUGAUGUUUGGGCAUGUUUUGAGGGGGAAAAGUAUGGUCAUUUCAAUGAUAUCACAGAGCUUACAAUGUUUGCUGACUAUAGAGUUCCACAAUGUUUACAGUUUUUGGGAAUUCUGAGAUAUUCAGCUGACUUACAACAAAAGAUAGAAAAGGAAGAAGAAGUACAGGCAGGAUCAGAGGAAGAGGUUGAAUUAAGAGGUUGCUCAAUCCAUGCAGUUGAAUGUCUAUUAAACACAAUGAACAAGAAUGGAAAUAUAAAUGGGGGGAUAAAUUUUGGUAAAUCAAAUCUGAAUUCCAUCAUAAUAGAUUAUUAUUUGUGGGACUAUGCCACCAUGAACUCUGAUAAAAUGAUGAAGUUCCCAGAACAUAGAACUCGUACACACUUUUAUUGAACAACAAAUAGAUUUGUUAUGAUUAUUUUUUUAAAGUUUGAUGAUUUAAUCUUUCUAGAAAGUUCAUGUAUGUACAAACUGGAUUUUUAAGAAAAUAUAGAAUUAUUAUUGUA